UGGGCCAUUGCGAAAGGAAAACAGAGAAACGUGCACCGAACCUAUCGUACCUCUCGCUGGGAGCGGGCAAAAAGUUAGGAAAAUCUGUCUCCGGUCGUUCCAAGGAGAGGUGAAAAUGCGACACGCAAAGUUCAUCGCACGCACGGUGCUGGUGCAAAACAACAACGUCGAGGAGGCAUGCCGAGUGUUGAACCGCAUUUUGGGCAAGGAGGAGAUUUUCGAUCAAUACCGACGCACUCGUUACUACGAAAAGCCAUUCCAGACUCGACGACGCAUCAACUUUGAACGCUGCAAAUCUAUUUACAACGAGGACAUGAAUCGCAAAAUCCAAUUUGUGCUCCGCAAGAACCGGGUCGAGCCGUUCCCGGGAUGCAAUUAAUUUGAUCGGUUACAAAAUAUAUUUGCUGUAGUCUGGUGAA